AGAAAAGUCGAGGAAAAGUAAGAAAAGGAAGGAUGAGAGGGCUUCUAGUUGGUUUCCAUUUCUAUCCCGUUCUGUUGAGUGGUGUUGCUUUGUUUCUUGUGGCUUUCAGUUCGUCUUUGCACACUGACUUGAGCAGGGACGAGGUUUUCGAGCGAAUUGAAGGAUUUGAGCUAAUUGGUCACAUCACCAAGACAUUAUAUGCUGACGAAAUAAGCUGUGGAUUGAGUUGCCUUCGAGAUGAAAAAUGCCAAUCUUACAACAGCAAAUCCGAUGCUAGUGAUAUAAAGAAGGAAUGUCAACUGAGUAAUCAAACCAAAAAUUCAAGUCCGGAAAACCUGAGGUGUAACCCACGUUCUACUUAUUAUGGAAGAGGUAAACGAGGUUGGGAUUUUGCUCAUCCGGCCUUCUCCUGUAAAGAAAUUCUGGACUCUGGACACUCCAAAGGUAAACGAGGUUGGGAUUCUGCUCAUCCGGCCUUCUCCUGUAAAGAAAUUCUGGACUCUGGACACUCCAAAGGAGACGGGGAGUAUUGGAUCGACCCUGAGAAGAGUGGAGACCCUUUGAAGGUCUAUUGUGACAUGUCAAGAUAUGGUGGAGGUUGGCUUCUGGUGUCAAAUGUUGAGUUCGGAAGUCCCUCUCCUAAGGUGUCAGUUGAGACAUCAUACCGUGGAAUAGGUAAGUCACACAUGGUUCUGCAGAAGAGUGCCAUGAAAGAGCUCAAAAGAUACUUGUCCUUCACUCAGCUGAGAUUCCACUGCCACAAGAAACAGGGACGCACAUUCCACGUGGUCACAGCUUCCAACAGCUCAGGCGAAGCUGUGGUCCGGUACUUCAGCGGUCAGACAGAUGAGCAACCGGACGCCUGUGGUUCGUUUGUGAGAGUGACGUUGGAUGACAAUUCCGAGUUAGCUGGCAUUUGCAAAGAUUGGGGUCGACAAGUAAGUGGAGAGUCCGAAAUUAAGUGGAGAGUUGGAAAGUGGGGACAUGGUGAAGAUCAAAAGAGGCUAUACCGGUAUCCCGUCUUGAUAAAAAACGGUCAUCAACUUAGGGUCCAACUGGAUGACGUUGGCGACCUCAGAAAAAUGGAAUGUGAUGAUAGCUCCGCUCCCAAUGUUGGCACAAACGGCGAUUUCUGGAGAGUCUUUGUUCGUUAG